AUGUCUCACGCAUAUGGAGGUGGCGACUAUGAUGACACGGCGCGGUACUCUCGCCGUCGAUACCCAUACGAUGCCAGUGAGGGACGUAGUGGCGGAGGCAGCAGCGACUAUGAUCGUCGAUGGCGCCGCGGAGGUAGUGGCCACCAUCAGCGAGGAGGAGGCGGCGGUGGGCGCCGAAGUGUUGUGCGGACAAGUCCACCACCACCCGGUACGAUUCGACUGAGUGACCGGCCUAUAGCGCACUCACAAUGGGAUGUACGUGCGCCCGGCUUUGAAGCUGUAGAUGCACUCUCCGCCAAGGCAACCGGCUUGUUCGGUGCCCCGGUAAAUUCUGGAUCAUCAGGCAUGAUGAUGUAUGGGAUUCGCGGUGCCAUGCCAGGCACUAUCCCACCAAGUGCCAUGGCUGAGUUGGAGGCGACUACGUCGGCAGCUGCCUUCAAUGCUUCUAUGUACUUAGAAACCCGGCGGCUUCAUGUAUCACCAGUGUCAUCGGUCAAAACAAGUCAGCAGUUGCGCAUUUUCAUUAAUGCCAAAAUGAAUGAACGCCUCUUAUGCUCAAGUGGCAGUCUUGAGCCUUGCUAUGCGGUUGACAUGCAUCUGGACGAGGGGUAUGCAUACUUGGAGUUCCGGAAUCCUGACGAAGCGUCAAAUGCGCUCUUGUUGGACGGUGUUGCAUUCUUGGGCCACAGGUUGCACAUUGAGCGACCUAAAGGCUAUGUCGGGCAAGAUGCAGUGCCUGCGCCAGGGGCCAUUGAAACGAGUGUGCCCGAUGGGCCCAACAAAUUGUACAUCGGCAACGUACCGGUGUUUUUGAAUGAGCAACAAGUCAUGGAGCUGCUCAAGGCGUUCGGUGAUGUGCGCCACUUUGAUCUGAUUCGUGACCCAGAGACACAGCGUUCGCGUGGGAUGGCUUUCUGCGAAUUCCAUGAGGAUGCCGUGACUGAUCUUGCAUGCGAAGGCCUUGACGGUCUCGAAGUAGGUGAGCAACGUUUGAUGGUGCGCCGUGUGAAUGCAUCCACCAAUACACACACGCAUGAGGACACGCAAGAAACCUCUGACACGCCAACACGUGCGAUGCUAAUGUUGAACAUGGUAACGACGGACGAGCUCUUGGACGACACAGAGUAUCAAGACAUUAAAGAGGACGUGCACAGCGAGUGCUCGCGACACGGCACCGUUACAAGUGUGUACAUUCCUAGGCCACUCGCUGCCGCAGCUGGUCAUGCGACCUCCGCAGACGCUGCCUCAGGGAUGGAGCCCAAAGGCGUUGGGCGUGUGUAUGUGCAGUUUGUUCAUGCGGAUGAAUGCGAAGCGGCACUCCGUGCCAUUGCUGGGCGUCAGUUUGAUGGCCGUACAGUGAUCUGUGCAUAUGUCCGCGACGAUGCAUGGCCUCAAGCUGCAGCAGAGGCGCCGGCAGCGUGA